AUGGCAAAUAAUUAAAUCGCUACUCAAAGAUUAAUGCGUGAGAAAUAAAAGAUGGAGCAAAAUCCAAGUGAUACAUUUUUGGCAUUACCUACCCGUUCUAAUAUUUUUGAGUGGCACUUCGUCUUAUUUAAUUUUGCGAGUGAUUCACCUUACAAAGGAGGACAAUAUCACGGAAUAAUCCACAUCCCAACUGACUACCCACUUAAACCUCCAGCAAUUAAAUUUGUUACUCCAAAUGGCAGAUUUGCUGUCGGAGAAAAAAUUUGUUUAUCAUUCACAAAUUACCAUCCAGAAACAUGGAGUUCUUCAUGGACGAUUUCAUCUAUGCUUAUUGGCUUGAUAUCCUUUAUGCACACCAAUGAGAAAACAGUGGGUGGUGUUGACUGCAAUAACUACUAGAAAUAAAUCUAUGCAAAAUAGUCAAUUAAGCAUAAUUUACUAAACCCAUAAUUUACAGAACUGUUCUCUCCUCAUUUUGAUAAGUUGGCGAUUAGUUUAAAUGAACAAUAGGAAAGUUAGCCCUAAUAGCCUGAUUUUCAGGUAACCCUACUCCCACAAAGACCAGAAGCACCGGAUAGAUUGAAUGUCAAUAACAACAAUAUUAAUAACAAUAAUGCAGUGAGAAAAUUGGUAGUCUUCAUAGUCUUAUUGUUGGCAUUCUUACUAUUAAUAUUCUAUGUGAUUUUCGGAUUAAUUUGA